CGUGGGCAGGGCCAUGGCGAAAGAGCUUGUCAGGCAGGGGACGACCGUAGUGAUAACCGACCUGCGGCUGGAGCAGCUGGAGCAGGCGGCGACCGACAUCCGGGAGGCCACCGCGGGCGUCGCGAACCAUGGCCGUGUGGUGCCUAUGGUGGCGGACGUCACAAACGAGCAGAGCGUGGUGACAUUGUUCAAGCGCGUGCUGGACGAGUGUAGCGCGUGCUAUCUGCUCGUGAAUUGCGCCGGCAUUAUGCUUGGCGGCCCCACCAUUGAGCUGUCCGGUGACACGUUCUGGAAGGUGAUGACGGUGAACGUGCUGGGUACAUUCUUGUGUGCUCGCGAGGCCUUCAAGCAGAUGAAGGCGGCCGGGGGCGGCCGCAUCAUCAACAUCGGCAGCAUAGCAGUGGACAGGCCCCGCGCAGACGCCGCGCCGUACACGGCCUCCAAGCACGCGGUGGCAGGCCUCACGCGGAGCUUGGCCUUGGACGGGCGGCCGCACAACAUUUGCGUCAGCAUCAUCCACCCCGGCAACGUGGAAUCCCCCCUCAUGUCGCCCGAGGAGGCAGAGCGACGGCGCGUCACCGAGGGCUUCAUCCCCGCCGAGGACGUCGCCACGUGUGCCGUCCAGAUGUCCGUGAUGCCCCUGAGCUCCAACGUGCUGGAGCUGACCGUGAUGCCGAGCAAGCAGCCACUGGUGGGCCGCGGGUGA